GCUGUGGUCGGCGGACAGCGACGCCUGUUACACAGGAAUCCACAGUAAACACAGACUGUCGCCACAUCGAGAACAAGCCAGCUAACGAUUACACAAGCAGAAAGUGAUGUGCUUGUCCCAUCUGGCAUAGUGGGACACUAUAGCUGAACCCGCUCCCUGUCCUGUUGCUGUUCCCCCUGAAGACAUCCACCACCACCCCCACCUCCCUAUCUCGUCCUCCACCUCCUCUUACCUCUCCCCGGCCGCCCCUGUGAUGCCUCCCCCGUGCUGUGGCUACCUGUCACAGUACACUCAUCAUCAUCUGGUUGUCUUCCUCCUCACCUUUUUUAGCUAUGUGUUGCUACAUGCGUCCAGAAAGACGUUCAGUAAUGUGAAAGUCAGCAUCUCAGCCCAGUGGACACCGGCUUUCCAGAAUGGCAGCGCACCAUCUUUCUCUCCUGGCGAGACAUGGGAGGAAAAUCGUCUGUUUGAGGAUGAAAAGCAGGCCACUUUGUUCCUGGGAGCUCUGGACUCCAUCUUCCUUUUUUCAUAUGCAGUGGGUCUGUAUCUCAGCGGUGUGAUUGGGGACAGAGUGAACCUGCGCUACGUGCUCUGCUUCGGCCUGUGUGGCUCUGCUGUAGUGGAGUUUCUGUUUGGCACUCUCACCGAAUGGCUCCACAUCUACAACAUCUAUCUGUACUGUGGCCUGUGGGUGCUGAACGGCUUGCUGCAAUCAGCUGUCUGGCCCUGCGUGGUGGCCGUCAUGGGCAACUGGUUCGGCAAGGCGGGCCGUGGCUUUGUCUUUGGCCUGUGGAGUGCUUGUGCCUCUGUAGGCAACAUCCUGGGGGCCUUCCUGGCUUCUAGUGUGCUCAAGUAUGGAUAUGAGUAUGCCUUCCUGGUGACCUCAGUGGUGCAGUUUGCCGGGGGGGUGGUGGUGUUCUUCGGCCUGCUUACCUCCCCAAAAGAAGUCGGUUUGAGCUUGGAGUCAGAGACUGGACUCAGUCCGGUGGAGAGGGACACAGACAGCCACAGGCCUUUGAUGAGCGACGAGGAGGAUGAGGCGGAGGCGGAGGCGUACGCCAGACAAUACCAGUCAGUUCAGCAGCCGGACGAACCUCUGGCCGAGGCUCCUCGAGCCAUCGGCUUCUGCCAGGCUUUCUGUCUGCCUGGCGUGCUACCUUAUUCCCUGGCGUAUGCGUGUCUGAAGCUGGUCAACUACUCCUUCUUCUUCUGGCUUCCUUUCUACCUGAGCAACAACUACGGCUGGAAGGAGGCCGAGGCCGACCGCCUCUCUGUGUGGUAUGAUGUCGGAGGAAUCAUCGGAGGGACCGUUCAGGGUUUGAUUUCGGAUUGCAUGGGAAAGAGAGCCCCAGUGUUGGCCAUGAGCCUGGCACUGGCGAUGGGAGCCCUGAUGGGAUACAGCCGCUCACCGAAUGACCGGGUGAUAAACGCAGCGCUGUUGGCUACCACUGGCUUCUUCAUCGGUGGCCCGUCUAAUAUGAUCAGCUCUGCCAUAUCUGCUGACCUGGGGAGACAGGGGGCUCUGAGGGGCAAUCAGGAGGCUCUGGCUACUGUCACUGGCAUAGUGGACGGAACAGGAAGUAUAGGAGCUGCAGGGGGACAGUACCUGGUGUCCCUGAUUGAGAGCAAGCUGGGCUGGAUGUAUGUGUUCUACUUCUUCAUCGUCAUGACGGGGUGCAGCAUUGUGUUCAUCAUUCCCUUGCUCUUUAAAGAGGUGCUUGCCAUGUGGAGAGACAGACAAGCGCUGCGGCGCCAGCUGUGAACACGUCAACAUCUGCCAGCCAUAAUGUUCCCACUCUUAUCAGUGCCAACACAGCAGGGCUGCUCACAAACUGCUGCUUUUAGGUGAGUUUCGCGAGGUAUAAAGAUUUGUGGGACGCUGUUUCUCACAGCCACCAUGGUUUAAGGUGACCUAGAGUUACAGAGCCACCAGUUAAACUCCCACAACAACCAGCGUUUGUCUAUUAACACCCAUGUGAGCAGGCACCGAGUCUUUGAGCACAACACUGAAAUCGUAUCCACUCACUAAAAGCCUAGAAAUGCAAAUGCGCACUUCUUUUAGCGUGAAUCCGAGGAUUUCUAGGUUGAGCUGAACCGAUCGAAAAAGGCUUUACAAGGGACCUAGCUGUCCAGUCUGUGAAUUCAGGCCUUGCAGGGCCAUCACAGAAUGUACUACUGUAUAUAUUUUAGGAUUUAAAUUGAUGUAAAAACCUUUUUAAAAGAGAUGCUCCUAAGUUAAGUUCAAUAAUGUUUGGCCUUUUAGAUCAGAAGUUCUUAACUUAAAGACCCCUUUGGGAUAAUUUGGGUGUCAAGAGUGUCUAAAGAAUGUGAAUAUGAAUUGUAAUGUAGACAUUUUAUCGUCAGCUUUUGUAGAUAUGUAUGAUCUAGGGAUGGGCAUGAUUAAUCGACGAUCGAUAAUUGAUUAUUAAGAAUUUCGUCGACGACGUUAAUUUGUCAUCGAUUAAACUAAUGCUGGUUGCGUUGCGUAGUGUGAGUCUUGAAGCAAUUGAACACAGUGUGGCAGCAAUUAAACAUUUUACCACUUGGGGGCAAUAUUUGACUUCAUACUCAGUUACCUGGCUGCGAGUUUCCGUUUUGAUUUCAAAAGUAAUCAUGAAGAAGACACGGCGAAGUGUGGCGUGGGACCGUUUAGAUUUUUUUUUUUUUUUAAAACGACUUAGUUCACUGCAAAUACUGAGAUGCCGUGUAUAAGUACAAGACGUCCACGACGAAAUGAUGUAUCCUACCACUAAACAAAGUGUAUCCGAGCGUGUUAAUGUCGGUGGCGGCCGCGGUGCGUCCUGCUCUCAGUCUCGACCUAGCAUAAACUGGGCGUUAGCACGGAGAAGCUGCAAUGCACAACGAGCAGAGAAAAUUACCCAAGGGACCUGCAAGUUCCUUGACAUGGAUAUUGGAACCAGCAUAUCACAUUUCGUCAUGAUGUACCAUCACCAGACUAGUAGAAACUCACUACGAAGAACGGAAUAAGGUUCCCCGGGCUGGCCAAGUUAGCGCGGAGGUACCUGUGUAUCCCGGCAACGCGGGUGUUUUUGGCGGCUGGACUGACGGUCACCAGGUAGCGGUCGCGUCUGACCCCAGAUGAUGUCAACAUGCUUAUCUUUCUCAACACACAUCAGUAGACUGGUGCCGAAGUUGUAUCUGAGUUAGCCUACUGGUUAUUUUUUAUUAGGCUUUGUCCCGUGCCUUGGAUCAUUUUGAGUUACAUUCUGUUUAAGAACGCCGGCUCGCAGCUGCAGGUUCUGCUGCUUCAGAGCGCCGCAGCGCAUAUAUCUAUAAUCUAUGUCUAUAUCUAUAACCUCCAGUUUAACUGC